UCCCCGUUCAAAAUCAAUCCAACCCUCAACGGUCACCCCUCCCAUCCUCCUCCGUCCCAACCCCUCAUUCCCACCUCUUUCUCCCCUCGGUGAUUCAAAAUUUCAAAUUGCAUUGAGUGGAGAUGGACAGUUCUGAAGUUAAAGACACAUCUCAGUGUGUGAGGGUUGCAGUCAAUGUUCGGCCGCUUGUCACUCAUGAGCUUGUUGCUGGAUGCACUGAUUGCAUCACCGUUGUCCCUGGAGAACCACAGGUUCAAAUUGGAUCACAUGCCUUCACAUUUGAUUAUGUGUUUGGGAGUGCUGGGUUAUCAUCUUCACGGAUAUUUGAUGAGUGUGUGGCUCCAUUAGUUGGUGCACUCUUCCACGGCUACAAUGGUACUGUUCUUGCGUAUGGACAGACUGGCUCUGGAAAAACAUACACUAUGGGAACUAACUAUAAUGGAGAAGACCAUAAAGGAGGAGUUAUUCCUAAAGUAAUGGAAACCAUAUUUUCACGAGUAGAGGCUUUCAAAGCCUCUACAGAGUUUCUUAUAAGAGUAUCUUUUAUUGAGAUUUUUAAGGAAGAGGUAUUUGAUUUACUAGAUCCAAACCCCCCUGCUAUUGCAAAAGGUGAUGGGGCAUCUAUAGCAAAACCUGGCCCAGCAAGAGCUCCCAUUCAAAUUAGAGAAACUGUCAAUGGUGGGAUCACACUUGCCGGUGUUACAGAGGCAGAGGUUAGGACAAAAGAAGAGAUGGCAUCAUACCUCUUGCGUGGUUCAGUAUCUCGUGCUACGGGGAGCACUAACAUGAAUAGUCAAUCAAGUCGUUCGCAUGCAAUUUUCACAAUAUCAAUGGAACAAAAAAGAACAAGCAGUUGCUCUAGUGGAGACAUACAUGAUGAAUUUAGUGACGAAAUCUUGGGUGCUAAGCUUCACUUGGUGGACCUAGCAGGUUCUGAAAGAGCAAAGCGAACCGGAGCAGAUGGGAUGCGUUUGAAAGAAGGCAUUCAUAUCAACAAAGGGUUGCUGGCUCUUGGCAAUGUGAUUAGUGCUUUGGGUGAUGACAAGAAACGGAAAGAAGGUGGUCAUGUUCCUUAUCGAGAUAGCAAAUUAACUCGGCUGUUGCAGGAUUCUCUUGGAGGGAACAGCAAAACAGUAAUGAUUGCUUGCAUCAGUCCAGCAGAUACAAAUGCAGAGGAGACACUAAACACUCUGAAGUAUGCAAAUCGUGCUCGUAAUAUUCAAAAUAAAGCAAUUAUCAACCGUGAUCCACUGGCAACUCAGAUGCAAAGAAUGAAAAAUCAAAUUGAACAGUUGCAAGCUGAGCUUCUUUUCUUUCGUGGAGACUGCACUGUUCCUUUUGAGGAACUUCAGAUUCUUAAGCAUAAAAUUUCUUUGCUUGAAACAAGCAAUGCACAACUACAGCAGGAGCUUCAAGAACGUCGAAUUACUUGUGAUCAUUUGACACAACGAGCCCUAGAUGCUCAGGUGGAGAGGGAUAGGCUUGUCAUGAAGAUUGAAUCAGCUCGAAGUCAAAAAUCGUGGAAUGAAAUAGAUUCUGAUUCUAAUCAGGAUUUUGAUUUGUUAAAACGAUAUGUAUCCAAGAUACAAGAAUUGGAAGGAGAAUUAUUGCGGCUACAAAGUGCUAACCAUUUAAGGCGGAAUGAUUUUGUUGACUACGUUAGUUUGGAUGAUAGCGGGCUUCAUUCAAAAGAUAACUGUUUUGCAGAGUCCGAAACAAAAGCUGAUAAUUUAAGUGGUGUGUUUGAGGAUGAGCAGAAAGAGCAAGAACAUUCUUCUCUUCAAGAAAAAUUGGACAUGGAGCUCAAAGAAUUGGACAAAAGACUUGAACAGAAGGAGGCUGAGAUGAAGCGGUUUGCAAAUCCUGAUACCUCAACUCUUAAGCAACAUUAUGAUAAAAAAAUUCAGGAGUUAGAACUCGAAAAGAGAGUCCUGCAGAAAGAGAUCGAGGAACUUAGACAUAAUCUUGCAAACAUAUCAUCUACUACUGAUGAUAGUGCUCAGAAGCUGAAGGAAGAUUAUCUUCAAAAGUUAAAUGUCCUUGAAGCUCAGGUUGUCGAGUUGAAGAAGAAGCAAGAUGCUCAAGCCCAGCUUUUGAGACAAAAGCAAAAGAGCGAUGAGGCUGCAAAACGACUACAGGAUGAGAUACAGAGGAUAAAAACACAGAAGGUUCAAUUGCAACAAAAGAUAAAGCAAGAAUCUGAGCAAUUCAGGUUAUGGAAAGCAUCACGUGAAAAAGAGGUCCUUCAGCUAAAGAAAGAGGGAAGAAGGAACGAAUAUGAGUUGCAUAAGUUAUUAGCGCUCAAUCAAAGACAAAAGAUGGUUUUGCAACGAAAGACAGAGGAAGCAGCUCUGGCCACUAAGAGGCUUAAAGAGUUGCUAGAAUCUCGGAAAGCUUCACGUGAACUAUCUGGUGUUGGAAAUAGCAGUGGCCCUGGAAUCCAGGCAUUAAUGCAGGCAAUUGAACAUGAACUUGAGGUCACUGUACGUGUACAUGAAGUUCGGGCAGAAUAUGAGCGUCAAAUCGAAGAGAGAACUAGAAUGGCUAGGGAAGUUGCAGAAUUAAAGGAAGAGGCACAGAUUACGAAACAAGGAAACUUAAGACACACCAUGUCUCCUGGUGCAAGAGAUUCAAGAAUUUUUGCGCUUGAAAACAUGCUUGCCACCUCAUCCAGCUCCCUUGUUUCCAUGGCAUCACACCUGUCAGAAGCAGAAGAGCGUGAACGAGCCUUUAGUGGUAGAGGACGAUGGAAACAAGUUCGAUCUCUUGCUGAAGCAAAAGAUGUCAUGAACUUUUUAUUUAACUUAGCUUCCUCCUCCAGAUGCCAGCUGAUGGAUCGUGAAGUUUACUGUAGAGAGAAGGAUGCUGAAAUUAGAGACCUGAAGGAGAAGGUAGUCAAGUUGGUUAGGCAGAUAGAACUACAAAAGGCUGAUCUCCUUCGUCAAGAGAAAUUUAUGAAGUUGGCUGCCAAGAAACCCAAGGGAGAGGCAAAGAAUGGUGAAGAUGCAUCAAAGGGUGGUGCUGAAGGGCACAUAUAUGAUUUGAGGCCCAAGGGGAUACGACAGUCUGUCAUCUUAAAUGGCGGCUGGAAUAAUUUGCAAUCUUUGGAAGACAUGGAUACCUCAGAUUCAGAAUAUUCAGACAAUGGCCAAGGGGAUGAUGACCAUGAGUUGGGACAUACUGAUUUGGAUGACCCUGAGUGGUCCCUUACAAAUGGAAGAAGAAGGCGUGCCAAGAAAAGGAACUCCAAGAAUAGCAGCCAUUCUGGCACAGCAUCUCAUCCCAUAUCUGCCAGUGAUUCUGAAGGUUUGAAUACAAAGACAUCAGGUGGGGAAGAUAGUACCGGGAGUCAGAAAUAUGAGUCUGCAAUCUGCUGCUCCUGCAGUAAGAAGUCUUUGUGCAAGACAAUGAAAUGUGAAUGUCGACUUGCUGACGGCAUUUGUGGGACAUCUUGUGGCUGUGAUCCUGUAAAAUGCAGUAAUAGAGAAUCAGCACUCACCGAAGAGGACCAUGGCUUGCCACCAUCAGAAAUUGUUGGACUGACUAGAACUGCUUCAGAGACUGAUGAAGCAGAUGGAAGUCACGUCCUUGCUUCUCAUGGUGCAAUGUUACUCCAGUCCGCACUUUCUGAGAAACCUAUGAUCACAAAUGAUGAAGGUGGACCCAGAAGAAAGCCUUUAUCUGACAUUGGAAAUACUCUGGCAAAAUCAAAUGCUCCAAAACCUAAUCAAAGAAAGAAAUGGCGGAAAUCUACUAUUCAACUUGUUCCAGCUCCACCACCUGCCGCUGAACCUGAAAAUGUUGAAGGAUCUGUAAAGCCUGAAAUCAGCUCAAGUGAGAGUGAUAUUUCCUUGAAAUUACCCAGAUUUAUGCGUUCUGCUUUCGUGCACAAUAAUCCUUUAAGAGAAAGGAAUUCAGAUGCACACAGUGAUUCUACUGUUAUGAAGGAGAUUGGAGUUACAGCUUCUAGAAGUCCUCAAGAACAAUCGAGAACAACAGAUGAGAAAGAAAAUAAUUAUAAGCCAUAAUUUCCUCUGCUGCAGUUGUUGGUUUGAUUAAUUUUGUACAAGCUGCUUUUUCUAACAUUUUGAAGAGAUUGGAGGUUCUUUUGGUGUUCUGUAGUAGGCGAUUGGCUCUCGUGUAAUUUAAGUAGUGGCUGACCUGUAGAACCGCAAUUUGUUUCUCCAUUGCUGGUUCCAAAAUUGCUGAUUGAAUCUUCAAAGUGAAUCUCAGAGCAAGCUCUUUAUGACCC